CUUUAAAUCUCUCUCUCAACGGAGGAUUUGGAUUUGCCUUUGAUGUGAUGGAGUUCUUCCGCCGGUGGACGCGGGAGGAGGACAAGGCAUUCGAGAGGGCGCUGGUGGCGAUUCCGGAGGGAGCACCGAAUCGGUGGUUGCUGAUCGCGGCGCAGGUUCCCGGGAGGAGCCCGGGGGAGGUGUGGGAACGCUACCGGCUGCUGGUAAACGAUCUCGAGAUGAUCGAGCGCGGGGAGGUGGAGACGCCCUCGCAAUGGGACGACGCCGACGCCGACGACGACGACGCGGGCGAGAGCUCCGACGCCCCUGGGACCUCCGACGGCCGCCGUCGCCAGACCUCCUUCGGCCGGGGCCGCGGCGAGGAGCGCCGCCGGGGGAUCCCCUGGACGGAAGAGGAGCACCGGUUGUUUUUGGACGGGCUGGCCAAGUUUGGGAGGGGUGAUUGGAGGAACAUUUCGAGGUGGGCGGUGAAAACAAGAACGCCAACUCAAGUGGCCAGCCAUGCUCAGAAAUACUUCAUCCGCCAGGGCCCUAAUGCUAGCAAUAAAGAGUCUAAGAGAAAGAGCAUCCAUGACAUCACGAAUCCUUGAAAAGAUCAUAUAGCAAGCCAAUCUCUUUCAUUCUCUUUUUUUUUUUUUUUUUAAGGCUUAGCUAUAUUCUCUCGCUAUAUAUAUAUAUAUAUAUAUAUAUAGCUUGAAAGAAUAACAUCCAUCCGGUAUCACAGGAUUUAUUUUAUUUCUGCAUGUGAAUUCCCUUCUAGUGGAACCUUAAUGGAUUGGUUUUGGCAAAGAAGCCUGUUUCUUGUGCUACAUUUUGAUUAUUGUGGUAUGAUAUUUGCGAUGGGUUCUCCUAA